AUGGAAACGUGGUCAGUUGAUCAGGUCUGCACAUGGUUGGUGGAGAAAAACUUAGGUGAGCUAGUCCCCAGGUUUCAAGAGGAAGAAGUCAGCGGAGCCGCACUCCUGGCACUUAAUGAUCGGAUGAUACAGCAACUGGUAAAGAAAAUUGGACACCAGGCUGUUCUGAUGGACUUCAUUAAAAAGUACAAGCAGAGCAAUCAAUGGCUGAAGCCCACUGGAAGCCCCAGAGAGACAUCCCUGUUGACCCUGGCACAAGCUGCCCCCAUGCAUGAAGAGAACUCCAGUCCCACCAGCUAUGGGAACCAGACAUCUUCGCAUCCAGCUGAAUACCUUGAUAAUGGACUCAUUGACCAAAGAGUAUUGAAGCAGAGAAGAAAUGUAAAGCACAUUCUAGCAAGGCAUAAAGCAUUACAAUGGACUAAGUCCUAUGUCCUACCGGAGUUUCCCUAUGAUGUCAAGUGCAUGCUGGCAGAACAGAGGCGCCCUGAUCACAGCAUGAGGAUAAGGGUCAUCGAGUUUCUGCAGGCAGAUAUGACAAAGUACCUGGAAGGCUCGCUGUACCCCACCACCCAGCAGUACAACGAUGUGGUCAAUGCUCUGCUGCAGGCCCACCCUUUCCUGGAUGAGGACGGCUGUGGCUUUUUUUUAUGGAAACGAGCCCUCAAAGAUCGCUUUAAAUAUGUUCGAAGACCCAUAGAAGAUGAUGAACAAGUAAUGAGAAAUAAAUGUAAAUUUGGACACCGAAGGGGCCAGACAAGGAAGUCUCUUGCUGACCUAGGAUCUGAUGAAAUUAAAAUUGUGCAGAUAAAAGAAGAAUCUGUUUGUUUAGAUCCAGACGUGAAUGAACAUAUUCACUGGUUCCAGCGAGAGUAUGUGAAAACAGACAAGGAAUGGAGAGAAAUUAACAAGUGGAUGAGUCAGACUUUGGAAAUCAGAAGAAAGAUGAUUGGCUGCCUAACACCUCUCAAGGACAUUCUUAAAGUAUUUCCUUUCCUGAAGUGCCCUUACCAGAUAUUCCGAGAAGUCCAACUUCUUACAAGAACAAAUAUUUAUAAGAAAACAAGGCUUUUUCUGGAAUCCUACUCAGAAAAUAUUCUGACUACCUUUUCAGUGGUGGACAAUCCAAUCAAUACUGUGCUGCAAGAGGAGAUGGAACACUAUACAGAUGAAGGAGUGUUGAAGUACACGCUUGCUCUGACAGAUAUGAAGGUGACUGCCACAUGUUCACUCCUCCCAGAUGCUUUUGGGGAUGAUCCCAGCCUUUUUGUUGUUGUGAAUGAGAAGGUAUGCAUGCACAUGUCCACCAAAGUUAAAAACCCUUUGCACAAAGGCUGUGAGUUUUCUCUGUACCUGCACAAAGAGAAGCUCGCCCAGGUUGGUGCCUUGGUGGCUGCCUUUCAUAUAUUUGGGAUUGAGCGUCCGAGAUGACUGUCCCAAACCUUUAACUUCCUGGAGACAUUGAUCUUUGAUGUGCAGAGUCCCUGUUCCCCAUCUUCGGGGGGGGGGGGGGGGGAAGAAAUCCGAUCUCAAGCUUCCAUCACUUAA